UUCAGUUCAGUGCACACGUGUUAAACUAAAACUAAAAAUUGUGCGUGUAAUUUUCAUUAAAAUUGUUGAGCUGUCAGCAAAAUACAUUGCCACAAGCAAUUAAAUCGUGGCUUAUGAUUCAGUGCAGCGGGUGCGACGUUGUACAACACUAGAUGGGGAAAAAAUAAUGUCACGUCGAAGCAGAAAAGACACAAACAUAUAAAUUACAAAAGCUCAUAAUGCGCAAGUGUUUAAGAAAUUAAGAAAUAUAUAAUAGUAAAAAUAUGCCAACGUGCAUUUAGUAUUGUGCUAUCAAAUUGUUUGAUUAGAUUGUGAACAUAAAUUACAAAGUUUUAACGCACCAACAACAAUAACAACGAAAACAACGACGACGACGCAGUUGGAAAAGGAAAAGAAGAAGUGUAGAAAAGUGCGAGAAAAAGUUAAAAAUAAUAGCGACAAUAGCUGAAAAAAAAGAAACAACAAACAUAAAAUAAGUAAAUAGGUGCACACAACGAGGGAGAGAGAGAUUAACAAGACGGAGGCAGUGACAACGUCAGUGGCAGAGUCAGGUGGCAGCAGCAGCAGCAGCGAAGUCGGCAGCAGCAAUUGUGCCACACAUACAAAAAACAACACCACAAAGAACACAGAAUGAAUCGCACCGACGGAUUGGUUAGGCGCGCAGUCAAGACGCGCGAGAAUGGAGCCGAGGGAGGCGCUGCCGGACUGAAUGCCAAUACACCAGAUGACAAUCAGGAUGCGCUCGACAGCAAUCGCGAUCAGGAGGAUAACAUUGAUGAUGGUGACUCCAAGGAGACACGACUUACGCUUAUGGAGGAGGUCUUGCUGCUGGGACUCAAGGAUAAAGAGGGUUACACAUCGUUCUGGAAUGAUUGCAUAUCAAGCGGGUUGCGCGGUUGCAUUCUCAUCGAACUCGGACUGCGUGGGCGUGUCAUGAUUGAAAAGUCCGGCAUGCGACGACGCGGCUUGUGCACAAGAAAGCUCAUAUUGAAAUCGGAUCAGCAAACUGGCGAUGUGCUCUUGGAUGAGGCGCUUAAACACAUUAAGGAAACAGAUCCACCAGAGACAGUGCAAAGUUGGAUUGAAUAUCUAAGCGGUGAAACUUGGAAUCCUUUAAAGUUGCGCUAUCAGCUUAAAAAUGUGCGUGAGCGUCUGGCCAAGAAUCUUGUGGAGAAGGGUGUGCUCACAACGGAGAAACAAAACUUUCUGCUAUUCGAUAUGACGACACAUCCGCUUAGCGAUAAUGUGGUCAAGUGUCGCUUGGUCAAGAAGAUACAAGACUCGGUGCUUUCAAAAUGGGUGAACGAUCCGCAGCGCAUGGACAAACGUAUGUUGGCUUUGAUAUUCCUGGCGCAUGCCAGUGACGUUAUUGAGAAUGCAUUUGCGCCGUUGAACGACGAUGACUACGAGGUGGCCAUGAAGCGUGUGCGUGAACUGCUCGAUCUCGACUUUGAAACGGAGGCAGCCAAACCCAAUGCAAACGAAAUACUGUGGGCCGUCUUUAUGGCGUUUACGAAAUAGGUCCAAAACGCAAUUCCCCUUCCACACACACACCACACAAAUACACACACACACACACACAUAUACACAUACAAACAUUUGCUGCUUGUCUGCAUAACGAAUUGGAGUAACCAAUUCCAGUUUCCUUCAGUUAAUUUUAAACGUAAGCGUAUAAAUCUGGCGUUGGCUAUAAGAAAACGUUAUAUAUAAAUAUUAUAAAAGCCCGCCUAGAUGAAAUCAAGAUAAAGCAAAUCAUGCGUUCUAAUUUGUUUUGUUCUUAUUUUUUUAAAUGUCAUUUCGCAAUUUUCAAUACAAGAAUUUUUAAUUCGAAAUGCUAGCUAAUAGUUGAAUUUUUAACAACAAUUGAUUGCCGUGUUAUUCCAUAAGUUGUGUUCUCUGUAAAUUGUUCCGGCAAACAAUAAAUCAAAAUUCAUCCGUUAAGUUCUAAACUGCAAAUACGAAAACAAAACAAAAAACUAUAUACAUAUUAUAUACA